AGUGCUUGGGUGCAGCAUUUUGCAUCAGCUCUGAUUUUUGCAUCAGAAGCAGAAGGCUUUGAAGCCAGCCAGUAAAAGGACUUGUCAGGCAAUUGACUGAUGAUCUUUCUUUGAAUAGGAGGUUGCCGUGAAAAGGGAGGCAGCUUCUGCUAGCCACUGUGAACUCUGAAUCAGUAGGUUUGGGUCUGCUUUGGGGCACUCAGAUAACCCUGGCAUUUCCAAACCAGCUUUCCCUUUUGCUUCAGGACAUAUCUUACCCAAGCCUGCACUAUGGAGAAGUGGGACGGUAAUGAGGGCACCUCAGCUUUUCACGUGCCUGAGUGGAUGAUCCAAUUUGCUGACCAGAAGCAAGAAUUCAACAAACGUCCCACCAAAAUUGGACGUCGCUCUCUGUCUCGGUCCAUUUCUCAGUCAUCUACUGACAGCUAUAGUUCAGCGGCUUCAUAUACAGAUAGCUCUGAUGAUGAGACAUCCCCCAGGGAUAAGCAGCAGAAGAACUCUAAGGGAAGCAGUGACUUCUGUGUCAAGAACAUCAAACAGGCAGAAUUUGGACGAAGAGAAAUUGAAAUUGCUGAACAAGAAAUGCCUGCACUGAUGGCUUUGAGGAAGAGAGCUCAAGGAGAAAAGCCUUUGGCUGGAGCCAAAAUUGUGGGUUGCACACAUAUCACUGCUCAGACUGCUGUGCUCAUGGAAACCCUAGGUGCUCUGGGAGCACAGUGCCGAUGGGCUGCCUGCAACAUUUAUUCCACUCUCAAUGAGGUAGCUGCUGCUCUAGCGGAAAGUGGAUUUCCUGUCUUUGCCUGGAAGGGAGAGUCGGAAGAUGACUUUUGGUGGUGCAUUGAUAGAUGUGUAAAUGUUGAGGGCUGGCAGCCAAACAUGAUCUUGGAUGAUGGAGGGGAUCUCACUCACUGGAUUUAUAAAAAGUAUCCCAACAUGUUUAAGAAAAUCAAGGGCAUAGUAGAGGAGAGUGUCACUGGAGUUCAUAGGCUAUACCAACUGUCCAAAGCUGGGAAGCUGUGUGUUCCAGCCAUGAAUGUCAAUGACUCAGUCACCAAACAGAAAUUUGACAAUCUCUACUGUUGCCGUGAAUCAAUUCUUGAUGGACUUAAAAGAACAACAGACAUGAUGUUUGGUGGAAAGCAAGUGGUGAUCUGUGGCUAUGGAGAGGUGGGGAAGGGGUGCUGUGCUGCCCUCAAAGCCAUGGGCUCCAUUGUGUAUGUAACAGAGAUUGACCCCAUCUGUGCCCUGCAAGCCUGUAUGGAUGGAUUUCGACUGGUGAAAUUAAAUGAGGUCAUCCGACAAGUGGACAUUGUUAUUACCUGUACAGGUAACAAGAAUGUGGUAACCAGAGAGCACCUGGACCGUAUGAAGAAUAGCUGUAUUGUCUGUAACAUGGGACAUUCCAACACGGAGAUUGAUGUGGCAAGUCUGCGGACACCAGAACUGACCUGGGAGCGAGUGAGGUCCCAAGUUGACCAUGUGAUAUGGCCUGAUGGGAAGAGGAUAGUACUGCUGGCAGAGGGCCGUCUGCUGAACCUAAGCUGCUCCACAGUGCCUACAUUUGUGCUCUCAAUCACUGCUACUACUCAGGCUCUCGCCUUGAUAGAGCUUUACAAUGCUCCUGAGGGACGCUAUAAGCAGGAUGUCUACCUGUUGCCCAAGAAAAUGGAUGAGUAUGUGGCAAGCUUACACCUGCCCACCUUUGAUGCCCACCUGACAGAGCUGACAGAUGAACAGGCCAAGUAUCUGGGACUCAACAAGAAUGGGCCCUUCAAGCCUAAUUACUACAGGUAUUAAGUUCCUGUAACUCAAGCCAGAAGUUUUAAGGAAUAAAACUCCAAGCCUUUUCUCCACUACUAUACAAGAAAGAAUUCAGCAAGCUGCUUCUCUAAUCAGAGCUGCCCGCCGUGCUCAUCCUAUGUGUUAGAUUAUUUAUUUAUUAAAAUCUAGAAUCCUGUGCCUGUA